AUGACCUAUUUAGGUUGGAUUGCUUUAGGUUGGAUUGUUUCUGGAAGGGUUAGUAGUCAACACAUACAGCCAUCUAUAGCGAAUGUUGCUCAUGAGAGUAUUCCGUUUAUCGAACAACAAUUGGUACGAUUUCGGGAAAUCGAAUCGUGUCAAACGAAGAGUGUGUUAUCUAGAGAAGAAUCUCUCUGCGAAGAACACUUCGCCAAAACGACAGCACGAGACUCUUCUGGUCGUUUCGUCGUAGCUUUACCCAAGAAGGAAGCUGUUAUCUCCCGCAUUGGAAAUUCCAAGAAUAUUGCCAGUCGUCGCUUUAUGUCUCUUGAACGCCGUCUCCUCUCCAAUCCCGAAUUGAAGGAAGCUUAUUCGAAGUUUAUCCAUGAGUAUGCACAGUUGGGUCACAUGAAAUUGAUCGAUGAUGCUAACGAAUCUGGACAAUCUAUUCUUACCUACUACAUUCCCCAUCACUGUGUCGUUAAACCUGAUAGUAUAACGACAAAACUGCGUGUUGUUUUUGACGCUUCCUGUUCGUCAGACACGGGAGUUUCACUCAAUGAUGCACUUAUGGUUGGACCUCAGGUACAAGACGAUUUACUGAGUAUUAUUUUGAGAUUUCGCAUACCACAGUUUGCUAUUAUCACCGAUAUUGAGAAGAUGUAUAGGCAAAUUCUCGUAGCAGAAGCUGAUCAACCGUUACAACGUAUUGUGUGGAGAGAUUCGCCAACUCAGCCGCUUCAAACGUAUCAAUUGACAACGGUCACUUAUGGUACCUCUGCAGCUCCAUAUCUUGCAACAAAAUGUCUGCAAAAAUUAAGAGAAGAUGGAUCAAUAAUUUAUCCAGAAGCCGCAGUGAUAAUUCGCAACGAUGUAUAUAUGGAUGAUUUGCUGAGCGGUGCAGAUAGCAUCAACAAGGGGAAAGAACUGUGCAGUCAACUAAUUGAACUGGCAAAUUCUGCUGGUCUUCAGUUUCGCAAAUGGGCUUCCAAUAGCCACGAAAUAUUAGAAUCAGUCCCAAUACACCUGAGGGAUGAAUGCACUCCUUUUGAACUUGAUUCUUCAUGCGCAUCGAUAAAGACCCUUGGUCUAAAAUGGGACAUAUUAUCAGACAAAUUUCUUUUCGAGAUUCCAAAGCACAGUCGAAAUUUGCCACUUACAAAACGUGUUGUUCUCUCGGACAUUGCACGACUGUUCGACCCUCUGGGGCUAGUAGGCCCAGUAGUUAUUCAAGCUAAAUUAUUCAUGCAAGAACUUUGGAAGGAAGGGAAAGACUGGGACGAUUCACUGAAUGAUAAUUACCAUCUUCGAUGGAUAAACUUCCGUAACAAUCUUAGUGAUCUAGCGAAGCUAGAAAUUCCACGUUGGAUGAUGACGUCAUUUACCAACGAGUGCACGGAAUAUCAUGGAUUUUGUGAAGCAUCAGAGCGAGCGUAUGGUGCAUGUAUCUACGUUCGCACAAUCUCGUCAGACGGUUCCAUAUAUGUACGCUUAUUGACUGCGAAGUCCAAGGUCGCCCCAAUUGGAAAAAACUAA